CGCUUCACAGAAAGGAGGAAUUUACAAAUAACGCACUUGAUACGUAUUAUACAGCACACCUGGAGUCCGAGUAGAGAAGCAGGACGUGGAGGCUCGUUCCCCUGUCUGGGCUCUCUGGCUCAUGGCUGAUGUGAACACGGCGGCUGAGGAGCUGCAUGAGUCAUGCUUGUCCAUCACCUGCUGAGACUUGCUCGGAAUUCUUCACGGUCUCAUCCCCAAACUGACUCAUGCGAGAUCACGUGGACAAAUCACAUGGUUGUGUCUCUAUUUCCAGCACCAUGGGCAUGGAGAUCCUCAAGGCUCGAGCAUGACCAGUUUCAUGAGUUCACCAUUAUUGUGCUGAGUGUACGGAGUACGAACUCAACUACUCAAGGUCUGAUAUACGACAGGAGUCUGGAAUGCAAUCCUCUAUAUUUCACGUUCAUUUCCCCGCAAAUUCCACAUGUUAAAUCUGACUGCCGAAGCUGCUUGAUGCACCAUCACCACAUUGAUCGACGUCAGUCCAUGAACACGAUCCGUCAGAUCCAGUCGGAUUGGACGUUUCCAUAUCCGAGCCAGGGAACCCCCCUUUGCCGUGGAGUUCCCGUGGCUUGGGAGUUGGGGCGGAUGGCGAUUUGCGGCGUUCACUCCUCAGUGCUCAGCCUUCACGCCUCACGGUCCUUCGGUCUUACGACACCUUGGUCGGGGACCAACCAUUGCAACCGGGAAUCCGGGACUACUAAAAGCGACGGGAUGACGCUGUUCUGAGAAUAAUGCCACCUAUGUAAUACAUCCCGUACAUGCAAUUGUUCCGUUUCUACCAUACCUACGAUUUAUACCUGAAUUUCCCACCCUUUUGACAUUGACGACGCCCUCCUGAACGUUUUGGUAAUCAAUAUUGGUAGCUU